AUGCCGGUACCAGUCGGUUCGAUGCCUCAAGGGGCGCAUGGCCCUUCAACACUAGACAAGCUAAAGAUGGGUGGCAUGAUGGGUGGAUCUGUCGGCCUGAUCAUUGGCUUCAUCUUCGGCUUCACCAACAUCGUCCGCUUCGGCCCUGGACCUAACGGAAUGCUGCGCACCCUGGGCCAAUACAUGAUGGGAUCAGCCGCGACCUUUGGCUUCUUCAUGGCCAUCGGUACCACCAUUCGGACGGACAGCUCGCCCAUCGCUACACAAGCAUUCAACAGCGCAAACCGACGACCCAUGAUUCUCCCAAGACACUACCAGUACCCGCGCGCCGCUCAAAAUGAGAAGAACUAG